UAUUAUACAAUCUCAAUUACAUACACCGAUCUUAAAUGAAGGUGUACUUAGUCCAGUGCCAUCAAUUCAUGAUCGAUCACCUAUUUUAGAUACAGGAAUGAUGACACCGAUAGAAGAAGUGAUUGCAAGAGAAGAAGAAGAUGAAUUAAGAGAAAAACUGUUUAAAAUCAUCUCAAGUCCAGCACCUGGUACACCGAUGAUUUAUAGUAGUCAUGUUACACCACAUCUUUCAAUCAAUAGUCCAAAAUCAUCAACUCCAAUACCGGUGAUCAUUCAAUCUAAGGAAGAAAAAGAAGCAGAAGAGUUCAGAGAAAAACUUUAUAAGAUUGUGGCUACACCACUUAGGGUUCCAUUACCUGAAAGUCAAGUUGGAUCACCAUCCUUAAAGAAAACAGAAACAUCUAAUAGUCCGAGGGUGUUACCAACUCAUACACCUUUGAUUGAAAGUUUAAAAGAAAAAGAUCAAGAGAUCUCAUCGUAUGCUGAAAAGAUUUCGAAACGAUUAGAUGAAGCAAUCUUAAAUUCACCUUAUAUUAAAUCACAGUAUUUAUCACCUUUAUUAAGUCCAAUCAAAUCUCAAUCCCAUCGAUCAACAUCAACCAAAAAAAGUGUAGGAUGCAAACAACCUUCAAAUCAUAAAUCUAAUCCGAACUCAAGAUGUUCAACACCCAAGUUGAUUUCUAGAUCUAACACACCUAAAUUGAAUGCGAUUUCAAUUCCCGAAGAAGAAAAAGAACCUCAAAUCCCAGGUAGUUUUGUUAAUACACCUAAAUCUAAUUAUCUUGGUUCACCUUUACCUAAUCCUCCUUGUUUGUUUGAUUGUCAACAAUCUGAAACAAAUGAAAGUCAUUCAAAAGGAAAGAGUAAAAGAAGAGUUAGUAUUGUGACUACUGGUAGUCAUCGAUCUCAUUCUCCUUUAUUUAGUUGUUGAAGAAAAAUAACAACUUGAAGCGGUUUUUUUGAGGGAUGAGUUGGAGGUCUGGGAUGUAAAGUGUGGGGUGGGGUUGGGGUCUUGAAGGAUUGGCUUGAUUAAGGUUAUAAGUUAUAUAUAAAUUUGGAUUUGAUUUGGUGUUCAAGCGUUGGUUUUGAAGAAAGAAAGAGUUAUUUGAUCAGAUGGAUCAAUCAAAUUAUACAGUUUUUUGGUAGAAUAUAAAUGAAUAAAUGUAAAAUGUCUUGUGGUGGUGGUAGUGGUUUUUUUUGGGAAAUUCAAGAAUUAGUAAUUUAAGUU